UCUGAGCUGUGGGAAACGGAGCAGCUUGUCGGUGGCGCGCAUGCCCGGGCUGAAUGCGGUGCGCGUUCACGCGGACAGAGGGGGCAUUAGAGAGGGGGGAGGUAAGUUUUGUUGAGUUUGAGGGAGAAAAACAUCUCAGCGCGGUGUGAGAGAGCUCAGACAGAGCUCUCCUGCUGGACUGGAGCUUCUGCCUGGCUGCUCUGUGGAUCAACAGGCGGGGGCAGGGUAAAGCAUGGCCGUGUCUCAGGGGCUGAUCCUCGCCUUCCUGCUGGAGCGAGGAGGUCGGGUGAGGAACUCCGAGCUGCUGAACGCCUUCAGAGACUUCCUGAGCUCCAGCGAGCCCGCGGAGCGGAGGAGGAACCGCGACCUCUUCAAACACUUCGUCAACAACGUGGCUGUGGUCAAGCAGAUCGAUGAUGUGAAGUACGUGGUGGUGAAGAAGAAGUACCAGGACCUGGUGCAGGGUGGAGGAGGAAGGGUGGAGACUGAGGAGAGCAGCUGCAGCUCCAGCAGCUCAUCAUCUCUACAGCCAUCAGGCAUCACCACCCAGCAGAGGACCAGCUUCUCCACACAUUCCAGCUGCUGCAUUGGCCAUACCGAGAGCCUACCCAGGAAGAUACAGCUCCAAAGGAGACGUUCUGAAGGUGCUGAACGUGCUGACAGUGGUGUGAUCAGUUCUCGCGCCAAGCCCCCAACCAGCCUAGAUGAUUCCUACACUACUAGAGUGCUUAAUGUGUCAAAUACUGGGAAAACUGGCAAAACUGGGGCUGUUUUUGCUGUUGUUGCAAUCAAAUCACCACCACCCCCACAUAUGAGAUGCAUUUCAAGGAGUGAUUCAAAGCGUGAUUCAAAGCAUGAUUCAAGGUACAAAGUACCAAGUGAUGAUGACCAUGCACUUCAGCAAGAGAUCCCAUUCCAGCGCUUUCCGGCUGAAAAAGCUGUUUUUUCGAAGAGUAUGUCACAUCCGAUUGAUGGACAUCAGUAUCGAUCAUUAAGAAGCAAAAGGAGGCCAUCAUUGGUGUCCAGUUCACCAGCAACAAAACGGGGCACCAAAACAGGGUUCGAUGCCAAGGAACAAGCUCCAGUUCCCCUGGAGCCGAGAGAGCACGAAUGGCUUCUGAAGUCGGCCACCGGUCGGUGGGGUCAGGUGUCCAGCCUCCUGCUGCAGGAUGUCCAUCUAGCGGAGAAGAAAAGCUUUGUGUCAGGCUUCACAGUUCUCCACUGGGCUGCCAAGAAAGGCAACAGCAAGAUAGUGCGCCAGAUCCUUGAUCUUUCCAAGCAAGGCGGCUUGGAGGUUGACGUAAACGCCAAGAGCCACGAUGGCUACACACCCCUGCAUGUUGCAGCUAUUCACAACCAUGUGUCAGUGCUAAACGUGCUGGUGCACAACUACGGAGCCAACUGCAACAUCCGAGACAACAGUGGCAGAAAGGCCCAUCAGUACCUGCCCAAAGAUGUGUCAACUGAUGUGAGGGAGAUGCUCGGAGACCCUCACGUUUUUCAUCGUUCAGGGCAGCGUCGGCACUCAGUUGAUGAUCAGCAGCUCUCGGACGUCUCCAAAGGGUUCCACUCAUUCAGCAAGCUGUUCCAGCCCAGCACAGGGCACAAAAAGAAGCCUAGACACCGGCCAAGCUUCCACUUCAUCAGCGAUGACCACGACGAGAACAGAAAGGACUGUGGGACUUACAGCCGGAGACCAUUGCACUAAAUCUAAAGAUAAAUUGACCACUUACUACAGUAGAUGCACUUAAAUUUGACUGUUACUCAUUGUUUAUUAAUAUAUAGUGUUAUUUAUAGUAUAAUUUAAUUUUAAGUAGUGAGAGAACUCACCCAGUUUCACCCAGAUUGCGAGCAAGUUGCUGCUGUCCAGUGUCCAAAAACACUGUCCAUCUCCAUUUUUGUCAAUUUUUCUUGUUUUAAGCCUGUAGCUGUUGUACAUGAACACUGCGUAAAUAAUUCUGGAUAAUAGACCAAUAGAAAUGCUCUUCUUAAAACACCUAAUCAAACUGUAUUGUAUUUACUUACAUUUAAAGUUAGGAGCACUUUUCCUUUUCCUGUAAAUUCACCAUUUGAAGUUUUUGAUUAAACAGCAUCAAUGCAUCAGUCUACUGGCUUGAUAAGCUUAGCACUCACCUGACAGUUUUCCACUGCUGGCCCAACCUCAGACCACCCAGGUAACUUUAUCAUGCACUAACACUAUUUUUUUAUUCCUCUGAAAACAAACAAUUAUAAGUGCACAGAGACCUUUUUUUAAGGCAAAUAUUACACACAACCAGUAGAAUAAAAUAGUCUGAUCUGUAUUUAUUUGAUGCGUUCUAAAUUUUAUUAGAAAUUAAUCAAAGGUAUAUUAAAACUGUACUGAUUGUGUAAACAAACGAUAAAAAGAGGCUGUAUAAUACUCAUCAUUACCACUGGUGAGCCACCCAGAACACUUUGCCAUUAGCGGGCCAACAGUUGUAAAAAAUAGUUUAAUUCAUUUUAACUACAGUGAGUUCAUCGAAAAUGUCUUUUAAUAUUUAGUCUCAAAGCAGUGAACUUUGUAGGUAGUGAAUUUUGCAGGCAUCCUAAUUCUACUUUGCUAAAUUUCUACAUAAUUAACACAUUAAGGAAAUGUUUACACCAUGAUUUUAGGCCAGAUUUUCUGUUUUUGGAGAUUGAGGACAAAAGCCUUUAAACGAUCUGACAACUCCAGAAUUGUAUAGUAGUAUGGACUUGGCCUAAUUUUAGAGAUUUUAUUUUUACAAUGGUGAAGAAAACCAGGGGUUACCAUGACAACAACAUAAAUAUAGCCAUUUUACCCUCACUUGGCAUGACCUAUGGAAGCUCAACAAUGCUGCAUUGACCUGUACCAUUGUGUGCCUGGGGGGGUUCUCCUGAAUUCAAUGUAGAUGUGAUUAUCACAUGGACAAUUCUAGCCAGAUGUCAGGAUGUUGGUUGGAGUUGAUUCUUAAACUUUCUUAACUCAUCCCAAAAGUAUUGGGUGGUGCAACAUCACUCCAGAAAACACAGUUUCACUGCUCCACACGCCAAGGCAGGGGGGCUUUUUAAAAUUGGCAUUAAGAAUGGAGCCAACAGGUUCAUGUGUAUCUGCUGUUAAAGUACUGAGUUCAUCCAGACUAACCGGCUUUACCACUUCACUUUGGCCAGUCUAUUUUUCAGCAGAGCCAUCACACCCACUGUAAAGAAAUCUGAAACUCCAUUAACUCUUUUACGCCAAAUCACUCUCAUUAACUCAGCUUACAAAGCAGACUGAAUUCUGAAGAAAUUUAUAAAUUUAGAGUUUACCUAUAUCUGAACCAGAGACUCAUUACUUAUUGCUUGUAUUCUAGAGUUAUCUUUAUUUUUAGACAGUAAUAAAUCUGUUAGAUUUAAACAUAAGAUUGUAAUAUUAAGAGUUAAUAAAGCACUUGUGCUGUUCUGCUACUGGAUUGGCUGUUGCUCACGUUCAGUAGAAACAAUGUU